AUGUCACUGUUGGGAUCGUACCCUUGCACAAACAUCUCGGCGCCUACUACUUUAAGCAUCACUUCAGCUACAUUCUGUUCAGUCCUCUCCGUUGUAGCUGUAGUAGGAAAUGUCCUUGUGUUUCUGGCAGUAAUUAUUGAUCCGAAUCGCAAUCUACGAUCGCCUUUCAAUUUGCUUGUCGCUAACCUGGCGACAGCCGAUUUAAUAGUGGGUUGUUUUGCGUUACCAAUGUCGGUGGAGUUCUACAUUCGCGAGGCUUCUACAAAACAACUUAUACUUCUUCCUCGAGAUGACGCAAGACGUGUAGGAAGUUUCAUCUCGUGUACGGCAUCCCUUUUUAGUUUAGCUGCAAUGAGUUUGGACAGAUUCUUUGCCAUUACUAAUCCGAUGGAAUACAGAGCCUACAGAGCUAAAUUGAAUUCUCGGCGAGCCACAGUCAUUUCCAUAGUCAUUUUGCUUUCAAUAUGGAUUAUCUCCAUUGGGUUGCCCUUUCUGUAUUUUAGUGUCGGCUAUCUAAAAUACCAAUUUUUCUUCGCCAUCACAGCUGUCGUGUCAACAUUUGUGGUACUUUGUCUGACGUAUGUGAAAGUUUUCAAAAGUCUUAGAAAUCAAGUCAGGACUUGGGACAGUUUACAUCAAGGCCCAGCGAGUUAUAACCACAUCAAGAAGAGAAAGAUCAAAUGGGAGAAGAAAGUAACUAAGACAUUUCUGAUCAUGUUGACCCUUUUUAUUUCCUGUUUUCUUCCUUCGUUGAUCCUUAUCCUGAUCAUAAGCUUUUGUGCAAGCUGUAACUGUGAUUUUAUUCACUGGGCGAGAGAUUUGAACUACAUCCUAAUCAUGGCUAAUUCCAGCAUGAAUCCGUUUGUCUUUGCCUGGAGACUUCAGCCCUACAGAGACGCGUUUCUUAAGAUACUAACAUGCGGGGUUAUCGUCCGAAAACAGCGAUCAGUCUCUGAACAAAUCAACAUUUCCAUGAAUUCAUCAAAUCCAUCUUCUUCUUAAGAAGGCGGUCAUAUUACAUUCAUUAUAUUGGCAUUAAAUUGAGCUCAAAUCUGUUCGAUUCACUGUUCCUAGCAACCUUAAUUGCAGUGGCAGGUUUUGUAAUUAAAUCUAGCUAUAAUUAACAUUUUGUAAAACGAAAUGCACUAGCUACAGCCUCUCUCCCUUAUCACCAAGUUGAUAUUUGAGAAUAAGAGUUAAGUAGAAGUAAUUAGAGAUAAAUAUAAUGCAUUCGAAGGAUGCAGAAAGUUUACGGAGGGGGUUAGUUUAGAAGAGUGGUCUGUAAAGCGGAAGGUCUUGGGUUUGAUCGCCGGUCCGUGGCAGCUAAAAAUUGGUCAAAAGUAUAAAGCUCUACUGCUAAAAGAAUUCCACCAAACCUUUUCAUAUUUUUAGUGAAUGUUAUCCUACCCAAAGACAAUUUAUUGUAACUAUUUCGUUCUUCUACGAGGGGCAACACCAAUACCCUUCGCCUUAAAAUAACUGAGAAAUGAAGGUAAUAAAGCCCCCUGGCUUUGACUUGCAAAUGACUAGAUCUAGGUAUUUCAAAUCAACGGAGCGUCGGAACUGGAUACGAGAUUCAAUAUCGUCUCUAGUAAAAGACGCAAAAAUAGUGUCCUCACGUGCUAAAUUUAAAAUGCAUUAACAGACACUCGUGAAUAAAAGUAUAAUUUUUGCGAUAUUGCAUGUUAUGAUGCUCUGAUGUCAGUAUUGUUAUGUUUUUGAGGUAUGCAAUACUGUUGUCGCUGAUUUCUGCUCGAUAUUUGUUUAAAAACUGUUCCAGCAUUUUGGCAAACAGCCUUUUUGAAAAAAAAGGUAAUGUACCUUUAGAGUUACAUAAAGGAAUGUCAAAGAUCAUUAUCACCGUUAAAAUUAACUUCGGAUCAGUUUGGUAAAGCUUGUUGUAUCUAGAAUUUCCGUCAUUUCUAGGAAAAAGGGGGAUCACUUUUGAAGUCGCUUCUUUCACGUGGGCGUUGUUUUGUUACUGAUUUCUAUUCGAUAUCUGUCCCAAAUUAGACAUGGUCAGAGAAGCUGGUAUUUUGCUAAAACGAGGAACAGGGAACGUGGAACGAGGAAUGAGGAACGGGGAAAGGGAAACAAAUUGGAACAAAACCUAGUAACUUAACCCUUUGCCCUAUCAGUAACUUCAUUAGUCAUGCCGGCUUUGUUUUCUCCCCAUUUUCAUUUUCAAAUUUCCCGUUUUAGUUAAAUCCAAAAAAUCCGAGUGCCAUAAAUCGAGGCUACCACGAGGCAAAUGUUAACACACCAUAGGAGGCAUUCAAUUCAAAAAAACAAUCACAUAAGUGUUACUUCAUCUAUAUUCAAAGCUUUUAAACGCACCACAGUAAUCAACCAAUGAAAACCUGCAGCGUCAGAAACAAUGUUAAGAGCCCAUGACCGUAAAUAUCGAGAAUCGCUCGUCUUGCCAGGCUAAAAAAUUGAAAAUUCUGAUAAUCUGUUAGAAAAACCCCUUUGGGGAACUAUCUUCGAAAAAAAUAUUUUUAACUUUUGAGAAUCUAUAGUUUUCGAGAAAAUAAGGAAAAACGAAGAUAGCUGUUUUUACCUAAUUAAUUAUGCAAAAAUUAGAGUAAAAAUGAUCGACUUUAUCGCGAUCGCGUCUGUACCGAAGCAAGAUUCAAAGCUAUAAAACAGAAAUAUUUUUGUUUUAAAGCAUUCUAUCUUUUCUUUCUUUCCAUGGUAAGUUUUAAACCAUAGACGUAAUUUUGAAUUUUUUACGGUUUUUUAAAAACUACCACCAAGCGCACUUUUUAAAAUGGGUCAAAAAUGACAACUUCAGAGGCAAAAAACUCACCUUGGUAUGCGUGAUAUCUAGCCAAAGUGUAUACUAGGACAAAGUUGAGCUUUUAUAUUAACAGAAUAUGAAAUAAAAAAUCUGGGAACUCCAGAUUCGCGUUUGCAAAACAAAAAGUUUCGUGACCACAAGUGGCAAAAUGUCACAAAUUUGAAUAAGUCAAAUUUGUAGAGAAAUGAUGCCGUCUGACUUCUCUUUGUAGUUUCGGUACGUGGUUUAUUAGAAACAUAGUAGUAGGAUGAAAGCUCCUUUUAAUAAAGCUAAAAUUAAGUAAAGGAUCUGAAAAAUCGAUAUCCCCGAUAACAAACUAGGAAUUAUUUUGAAUGAAUAAUAAAGCAAUUAAUGAAUUCGGCUUUCGUAGGAUAUAAAGAAUUAAGCAGAUCUCGGAGGGUGUUAUUCACCUCCCAUCCGCCUUUGGCCUCGCUCACAAAAAUGGUUUAGCGAUCGCAGUGAUUGAUGGUUUCCAUAUGAUCGCUGCGAUCGCUGAAUGAAGACCGAGGGAACCUGGGUCCAACAACAUAGCUCGCGCCAUUCCUCAAAUUCAGCAUGGCGGCUGUGAAUCGUCGACUCCUACUAGUUUUGAGGCGUGUUUUCUUGUAAUUAUGGGUGUUUUUUGACCUAGAAGACGACAGGAAAGACAGAGAACUCAUUUUCAGGACUUAAAUCGUUCCAGCAGUCGAGGGUCACACAAUGUAACAACAUAGGCCUACAUGUGAAGUAAAAAUAUUCUUGUAUAUGAAUCUAUCUCAUGAGCUCAAAAAACACGUUAAUUGCUGUCUCUACCAUUUUGACGGCCGAAGAUAUCAAUGAUACGAUCCAUGUCAUUGUUGACUACAGACUUCCCAUAUACGUUUCAAUGUUAAUUAGUGCGAUGUUACUGACACGUUGUUGUCCCAUGGUGCUGCGAAGGUACAUGUAAGUUUUCAUGCAACGCACUGAAUGAUCGUUUUGCAGAACACAAUGCAAUGUAGAAGGUACCAUUCCAAAGAUAUGUACCACAUAAGAAAACACUGAAAACAUAUCAAAUAGAUCAAUCUUGUGCGAUGAUUGUCUCCGGCAUUUCUGGAACAGUCAUGUAGCCUAAUCCGCGCACACGAUGAAAACUCACGUAUAUAUCUUCUGCUGGGCUUCGCCGUCGAUUUUGUAAAAUUUAGCAACGCGGGAGAAGCUUUCUUUAUCAGGUGUUUCACUGUGACAGAUGUUUCCUAAAGCACAUAGUAUUUACUGAUCAUUUGCACUAAACCUGAGCUCAAUCUCGGACAGCACCUUGUCCAUGGUUAACCUGCACCACGGACGAAACUCAACUCUAGUUAACUCCGUCUGCGAAACAGCUCUGGGCCUCCACUUGUGUACCAGGAUUUGAGUACGGGCCAUGACCGGCCUUUUGAAAAGCCACUAUCGAUUUGCCAAUCAAGACGAAAGGAAAUUUGAAACGCACUUCCGGUAAUUCUGUGAGUCCUUGGGGGCCAGCACAAAGAUAUCGGCGAUAUCGGCUUCGCAGACCUUAUAGUCUGCUACACGGCCGUUUUCAGUGUCGUCACGCAACGCUAGUGUGGAGGAGCGUUGCGUGACGACACUAAAAACGGCUGUGUAGAAGACUACAGACCUUACUACAGAACGAGGUUAAAUUACGUCUGUGAAGCAGGCUAUAGGGUGGUGCGGAUUCCGGUGUUAGCUGCGUUUGUCUUUGCACGUGUUAACCUACAAGGGCUUCAAGGCUGCGCGAUGGCGAUUGUCUGUGUGCGCUGACUUUUCGUAAUUCAAACAGCGAGAAUUGGUCAGUCACUUCUUCAUUUUCAGACCCAUUGCUGAUGCUUUCUGCCAUACGCUGUUGAAUUUUUCACACUACUGUCUCGUGCGAAUUUAACUGGAUUUACCACGCCGAAUUUUGGGCUGCUGCAGCCCCCCUCCACCCCCCCCCCCCGGCCCGUACACCUAUGGUGAGUUUACGCCUAGUCAUGGCUUGUUGAGCGGGACUGAAAUUGCAGCCUGCCACUCGGCUCUCUAAAAACAAAUCGCCAAAGACGAAAUUAAUUUUAGAUCAAGGAUAAGAAAAGCAAUUCUUUUCUUGAACGGCGGAAUUAAUGUUUUAAGAAAAAUUUGAAUACAUGACAUGAAAAAUUAAUGAAAAUUUAAAAUGGGACGUUCCAUUUCGAAUUAGCUGACAUGACCGGCUGGCAAUAACGCAAAUGAGGGAGGCUGAAAUAUGCUUCAUUCAUUCAGCUCCUUCAACAGACAAAAGUUUUACGACGCUAAUUUCUAGGGUAUCGUGAUCAUUUAAAAAGUUCAAUAUCUUUAGUGAGGCAAAACUGUAAUUAGGCAACAGACUGUCAAAUAGCCCCCCUCUUAUACAAACCUACGUACAGGAAAUUCGCGAUAAUUAAGCGUUGUGAAAUACGUAUUCUUAAAAAUCACAAAUUUAAAGAAUCAUGAAGAAUUCAUAGUAUUUAUACGAAGAGGCCACUUCAUGAUAGACUUCGAGAAGUCCUUUAUUAUUCUUGGAAAAGCCGGAAUGAGUCCAAAACGCGAUUUUCACUUUUUAUUAGCCUGCGUACAGCCGCCCCCUCGGCUGUACAGAGGCUACUUUACAUAUCUUAUCGGCUUUUUUAACGUAAUGCUGUUUUUAAAUCAACACAUACUGGAAAGUGAAACACCUAUCUUGAAAGACAUAGGUGACUGUAUGGAGUUAGGUUGGUUUUGCGUUCUGAGAAUUUACUUAUCUUAGCUAAUUUUCAAUUUCCCGUGCGAUGUCUAAUAGCGCAAUAUAUAUUUCUCAUAGCUCAAACUGAUUUUCCAAUUAUAGCUUUUUAAUCUCCAGUGCCUUGACUGUCACUCAUUUGCUCCAAGAUAAUAGGGUGGUCCAGUCCAAUACAGUAUUUUCAAUUUAUCAAAAGUUGUCAGGUUGGUGCGUGAGCUUAUCAAAUAUAAAAGUGUCUGUCAUUCUGUUCAUUGUCUUACUUACAAGUUUUAUUUCCUUUUGCGCUGAAAUGACGAGCUUGUCAUUUUAUAUACCGUAAGAUCAUCUCCGCGGCCCACCUGAGUUAAUCAUGGUUAUUGAAUACAAAAUGAACUGAGUUAUCACCUGGUCACGGAGCGCAAAUCUUCGCAUUCAGACAUGUCGCUGUUGGGAUCGUACCCUUGCUCAAAUAUCUCGGCGCCCACUAGGUUAAGCAUCACUUCAGCUACAUUCUGUUCAGUCCUCUCAGUUGUAGCUGUAGUAGGAAAUAUCCUUGUUUUUCUGGCAGUAAUUAUUGAUCCAAAUCGCAAUCUACGAUCGCCUUUCAAUUUUCUAGUCGCUAACCUGGCGACAGCCGAUUUAAUAGUGGGCUGUUUUGCGUUACCAAUGUCGGUGGAGUUCUACAUUCGCGAGGCUUCUACAAAACAAGUUACACUUCUUCCUCGAGAUGACGCAAGACGUGUAGGAAGUUUCAUCUCGUGUACGGCAUCCCUUUUUAGUUUAGCUGCAAUGAGUUUGGACAGAUUCUUUGCCAUUACUAAUCCGAUGGAAUACAGAGUCUACAGAGCUAAAUUGAAUUCUCGGCGAGCUACAGUCAUUUCCACAGUCAUAUUGCUUUCAAUAUGGAUUAUCUCCAUUGGGUUGCCCUUUCUGUAUUUCAGUGUCGGCUAUCUAAAAUACCAAUUUUUCUUCGCCAUCACAGCUGUCGUGUCAACAUUUGUGGUACUUUGUCUGACGUAUGUGAAAGUUUUCAAAAGUCUUAGAAAUCAAGUCAGGACUUGGGACAGUUUACAUCAAGGCCCAGCGAGUUAUAACCACAUCAAGAAGAGAAAGAUCAAAUGGGAGAAGAAAGUAACUAAGACAUUUCUGAUCAUGUUGACCCUUUUUAUUUCCUGUUUUCUUCCUUCGUUGAUCCUUAUCCUGAUCAUAAGCUUUUGUGCAAGCUGUAACUGUGAUUUUAUUCACUGGGCGAGAGAUCUGAACUACAUCCUAAUCAUGGCUAAUUCCAGUAUGAAUCCGUUUGUCUUUGCCUGGACACUUCCGCCCUACAGAGACGCGUUUCUUAAGAUACUAACAUGCGGGGUUAUCGUACGAAAACUGCGAUCAGUCUCUGAACAAAUCAACAUUUCCAUGAAUUCAUCAAAUCCAUCUUCUUCUUAA